AUGCAUCUGGUUUCGAGCAAAUCAAGGAUCCUUCCGAAGAAGAGCGGUAAGUCUAAACCCAUAUCCACACCUCGAGCUGAACUUCUAGCAGCUGUGCAGCUGUCGAAGCUGAUAGACAAGGUGUUGCACGCCAUCGACUUGAAAGUGGAAUCGGUAAACCUUUGGACAGAUUCCAAAAUCGUCUACUGUUGGAUAAAGAAACCUACGCAAACUCUUCAGAUUUACGUUUCCAAUCGGGUUGCGGAAAUACAACGGCUUACUGGUCACUUCCGGUGGCGCCAUAUUCCGACAAACGAAAACCCUGCUGAUUACAUUUCACGGGGCCAGCGGCCGCGAGACCUGAUGAGAAACGAGAUUUGGUGGAAGGGUCCGCCAAUGCUGAGGACGAUGACCGAAACCGAUGAAGAACCGGAACUACCUGACGAAGAGCUGCCGGAAUUGCGAAUCAGCCUAGCGACGACGACCACGACCCCGAAAAGAAUGGAGAUAUUUGACAGAUUGAGCAAUUUCGACGCGGUGCUGCAAUCCAUGGCCUACGUUGUACGGUUCGCAAGGUACAUCAUAUCGAAGCGCAAAUCGAUCACCAAAGGACCACUAACAUCGACCGAAAGAGCCCAGGCGUUAAUUUUGGUGGUACGGUUGGUGCAAGAGGAGUGUUUCCAACCGGAGAUCCAGGCGCUCAGGAAGAAUAGCAAGACAAGGCAUCGGCUGUGUGGCCUCAAACCAUUUCUGGACCCGAUGGAUGGAGUAUUGCGAGUCGGAGGCAGAAUUAAGCACGCUUUCAUCCCAUAUGACAGCCGUCAUCAGAUGCUGCUUCCGGCAAAACAUCCCCUUACGGACGCGAUGAUCAGAAGCCAGCAUCGUACCAAUUUGCAUAUUGGUCAAAAGGGCUUGCUGGCCAUCAUCAGACAGCGAUUUUGGCCGUUAAAUGUCAAGACUACCAUACGAAAGGUUAUUCGAAGUUGCACUAUCUGUUUCAAGGCUAAUCCUAUGAAAACAGUGCAACUAAUGGGCGAUCUGCCCCCAUACCGCGUACGACCAGCUCCUACAUUUUCCAACACCGGCGUAGAUUUUGCAGGGCCAUUCCUGGUCAAAUCUACCUCCGUAGGACGAAAGCCUUUGAUCACGAAAUCGUACGUAUGCCUGUUCGUGUGUAUGUUGACAAGAGCCAUACACAUCGAGCUCGUCUCGGAUUUAACGACCGAAGCAUUCCUCGCCGCCCUGCGGCGGUUUACUAGUCGACGUGGAGUGCCCAACAGAAUGUUCUCGGAUAAUGCGACUAAUUUCGUUGGUGCGCAGAAUGAACUGGAGAGAUUGGCCCAAAUGUUCAAGGAUCAGCAUGAGAGCCGGAAAAUCGUCGACUUUUGUUGCAAGCUGGGCUUCGAAUGGUCGUUUAUCCCACCUCGGAGCCCCCACUUCGGCGGCAUCUGGGAGGCCGGGGUGAAGCAAGUUAAAUAUCACCUGACUAGAGUCGUCGGAGACAGAAAGCUCACCUAUGAAGAACUUUACACAACUCUGACGCAGAUAGAGGCCGUGCUAAAUUCUCGGCCAUUGGCACCUUCUUCAGACGACCCUAACGACUUCUCCGCAAUUACGCCAGCCCAUUUCCUAAUUGGACGAGAAAUGCAAGCAGUAGCCGAGCCUUCUUAUCUCAACAUACGAGAAUCGAAGCUGUCACGCUGGCAGCUGAUCCAGACGAUGCUGCAGCACUUUUGGAAGCGUUGGAUAUCCGAAUGUUUGCCCGAGCUUCAAAUUCGAUCCAAAUGGCUGAAACGAAAGGACAUUCCAUUAGGCGCACUAGUUCUCAUCGUUGAUCAAAACGCUCCACCACUACAUUGGCAGUUAGGGAGGAUUACAGCCAUACAUCCUGGUCCCGACGGAGUGACGCGCGUCGUAUCAUUGAGGACCUCGAAGGGAGAUUAUAAGCGUGCAGUCAGCGAGAUUUGUCUGCUCCCCUUGGAGAUGGACAAGGAAGAUUGA